AUGACGUGCGACGUUCCCGCGCCGUCACAGCGGCGGAAACGAGGCAAAUCGAGUCGAGUCGCCCUGCUCGAGCAAAAGAUAGACGGCAUCAUGUCCUUGCUCGCCGAGAACCAACAUGGACAGCAGCAGCCAGGUCCAUCACCAAUGACCCCCGAAAGCCAGCUCGCGCACAAAACCAGCCCUGCAAUCCCCCAAGUCCUUCAAACCGAGCCGCCCCGUUCAACGGGGUCCGGCAACCAGACUCUCUUCCGCCUCAUCCCCGACUUCCAGGUAACCGACCGCGAAGCAUCACGCUUCCUCUCCAUAUACGCCUCCGAAUACGCGCCCAACUUUCCCUUCGUCAUGGUCCCCUCCGCCGCCGUCGCCCACGGCCUACACGACCGCAGCCCAGGCCUAUUCUGGGCCAUCAUGACCGCCGUGGCGCCGCAGUCCUUCGCCGUCCAGCAGCGCGUCAAGACGUGGUUCCGGCAGUACGUGGCAGACCAUGUCAUUGUCCGGCAGGAAAAGACCCUGCAGCUACUGCAGGCCAUUCUCGUGCAUCUCGCGUGGGGCGACUUCCACUUCUACAUCAACGCCGAAGCAACAAACCUCCUACACCUCGCCCUGGCGCUGGCCACGGACCUCCGGCUCGACAAGUCGCCCGAAUCCAGCGCCGCCACGAUACGCUCCCAGCUCGGCGAGGCCUGGACGGCUCUCCAUCAGGGGGGCCCAAGCAGACUCGGCAUCCCGCACACCCUCGACGACCAGAGAGCCGUCUUGGGCCUCUACCACCUGUCUUCACUAAUCUCGGCACUGUUCAAGCGCGGCCCCCGAUUCCCCUGGACGCCCUACCUCUCCCAAUGCUGCGACGCGCUCACCAGCGCCCGCGAGCACCCAUCAGACGCCCUCCUCACCGCGCUCGUUCGAAUCCAACACAUCGCCGACGGAGCGUACAGCAUCCUCCCCACGCCGGGCGGCACGGCGCGCACAUACACCGCCCCCCUCGACAUGGCCGUCGCCCACGCCCGGCGCCAGCUCGACGCCUUUGCCGGCGCGCAGCCCGAGACCGUCCAACAAGACAGACUCUUCACCACCUGCCACCGCGUGCUCACAACGCGCCUCUACGAGCCGGCCCUGGCCACGGCGGCCCCGGCCCCGACCGACCCCGACGCCCUCCCCGGCGAGCCCUUCCUCCGCGCCGACUCGCUAGCCAAGUGUCUCGACUCGUCGCGCGACUCCCUCGCCGCGCUGCUCUCCAUCGCCCCCGACCACCUGUGCCGCCUGCCGCUGACGGCCUCCGCCGCCCUCGCCUUCACCGUCGCAACCACCUGCCGGCUGCUGCUGCUCGACGCCGCGCCCGACUGGCGGCCCGACGCGGCCCGGGCCAGGCUCGACUUCGCAACCGCCCUCGAGGGGCUCCAGGACAACUUUGCCCGCGCGGACGAGUGGGCGGCGGAGAAUGCCCGCAGGAGGAGGCUCGCGGGGGACGGCGGCGGCGCCGAAAACACCAGGCCGGACCAGUAUACGAGCAAGCUGGGGUGGAUCCGGCAGUGGUACGUGGCGAAGACGGGGCAGGCGGAGCAGCAGCCGGCCGCCGGGGCGCGGGCCCAAGAGGGCACUUUGAUGCCGGCGGCACAUGCUGAGCCGUGGCCCCAUGAUGUCACGCUCGACUUUGACUUUUGGCCAGAUUUGAUAUCUAUGUCUGACAUGGCCGUGCAGACAUUCUCGGGAAACACAUGGACCGAUGGUUGA